AUGGGCCAUAAUAGAGUUUGUUGGGGUGGGGUCUUGGCAAAACUGAUUAAUCACGGUACCGGAGCCGAAAUCACGUGCAAUACGGAGGAUCGGCUAAUAAGACCUCGGAAGGCCGGUGUCGAUAACAACACGAGGCAGUUAAAGAAAAACCGCGACUUCCGAAAAAGUGGAGGAGGACCGUUAUCGAUAACACCACGCGACACGAAGCUUCUGCCGCCAUGGCUUAAGAGUCAUAGCGAUUCUAGUCAACAGCUGGAAUUGUCUUCAAGUUUUUCCAUAUCAACCCUUUCUGAGAUGGCACUACUUUGCAACCUCCCGAACGAGAUCUUGUCACAGGUCACUGGUUACCUGGACCGCCCCUCCGAUGUUCUGCAUCUCUCAUUGAGCAGUCGUAGACUCUACGAGUUCGCUAAACCCGAUGGGUGGAAAGCGUUUCUGAGAGGACGUUUUGGCCUCCUAGGCUUAGAUUUAGACGCUCGAAACUCAGUUCAUGGUCUCACAACGCUGUAUCGGAACUGGGAUCGCAAAGCCUUGGUUGCGAGGUACUUAGAACCCUCAGCCAACACGACGAAUCUUAGCACAUGGGAGAGGACGAAGUGGAGAGGCCCCCAGGGUCAGACAAUGGGUUACCAGCCGAGUAUUGACAGCUAUGAGGAGAUGCUUGGGCAGUGGGCAAAUAGGAGGGAGGUCCUCGCCUGGUCUGCGGGAACACAUGUUGUUGUUAGAGUCAAAGAGACAGGCUCAAAGCCAAUCAAAGCCUGGGAAGCGCUCCAAGACUCAGAAUCGGCUAUUGGGCACCUGGAGGAGUUCAACGACUACAAGCAUCUAGCAUCUUGGUACACGUAUAAAAUACCUAGAAGCUCUGAGGGCCGAGAUGAUAUCACAGCACUAAAGCUCCUUCGGCCACAUCAGAAAGAUGGCGAAUUGGACGCUGUCGCUUUUGGCAGCGCCUCAGGUUAUCUAUCGCUUCUGUCCUUCGACCCAGAGCGACAUCAAAGGAAAGGGCACUUGUACAGGACUGGCCAUCGGUCUGUUGGGUCUUUGUCUAUUUCCCCUUCGAGCCGACCAUUGAUGGCGGCGACCCUCGGCGACUCAUCACUCUCCCUUUUUCCGAUCAAGCCUAAUAAUUCUCCCUCAGCCCUUGUCGAUUCAUUAAGCGAAGUUACACCAAUCGUCCCUGGGACCCGGGACGGACGACUUUGGUCUUGCAGUUUUAUCUCCAAUGAACAAGUAGCUGUUGGAUUAGGCCCAUCUUACGAGCCCAUUCAAGUCUACGAAGUCACGCCGACAGGCUUCUCUUCGGAGCCUCUGCGCAAGUUUAGUCCCGAUUCCAAGUUCUGGACUGGUGAAAGAGAUGAUUGGCUUAUGAGGAGCAACACAUCCGUGUACCCCGUUCUUCCAAUCACUCCUGGGUCUCAUGGUGGUUCUGAAACAGGCCAUGUAUUCCUUUCUGGAGGAUACGAUGGAAUUAUCCGACUACAUGACAUGCGCUCUCCACGAGGGUUCGAAACGUUGUUCUGGGAUGUCACCAACGACUCUGCAAUAUAUUCGCUUGCAAUGCAAGGCCUUGAGCGUGUGGUUGCUGGCACCUCGAUGCAUAGUAUGCUAAAAGUGUUUGACUUGCGUUUCUCUAGCUCGCAUGCAUACCACUAUAUCCCUUUUUCUUCUAAAAUGGGGCCCAAGGAACCCAAAGCCUUGUGCCCCGAAGGAAAGAAUUUGAAAAAUUCUCCAGUCUCCGGCGGCUGGAAUCUCUACCUGAGCCCAAGAAAUCACGUACGAAACUCCAACCUUCGAGCGUCAUACUAUAGAUCCUCGACCCCCAACUCACCAAUCUACAGCCUUUCCAUCCCUUCCGCGACAUCCCCUUCUCUCUACGCCGGCGUAGAAGGUGCAGUCGUAAGCGUCGAUUUCCUCUCUAUUGUAGACAAAUAUCCGGACCCAGUCUUCGCCUCAGCUAUCAAUCGCUUCCCAGACACUGGAGAAAUCGAUGUCAAAAGUUCAUACAAUCCAUUUGACAAUUCCUUAAACUUGGGGAUGUAUGAGCAAGGCACCGAUGAAGGACUGGGCAUGCACUUGGUGAUCCAGGAUGGAGUUGGAACGGGCGUCGAGAAGAAUGCAAAAGCGAGGGAUUACGCGCGGUUCAAGGGGUUGGAUGAAAGGUGGAAGGAUCCAAGUGAUGGCAGAAACAAGAGGACGAGAGGGCAGGAAUCAUCUGCUAGGCGGGGCGGUGGAGAGAGGGGAGUAUUUCUUGGGCAUGGGUGGUAG